CUCUCCCUUCCCCAAGCUGGAGGGGCCGGAGCAUCAGGGGAGUAGCCAAGCCGGGAGAGCAGCCGCGGCGUAGUUGGAGUUGCGCCAUCUGUCAGGAGCGGGGCUGGGAGGAGGGGGAGGAGGGGGAGGAGGAGGAGGAGGAAGAGGAGGAGAGGGAGAAGGAGAAGGAGAGGGUGGAGGAGGAGAAGGAAGAGGAGGAGGAGAGGGAGAAGGAGGAAGAGAAGAAGGAGGAGGAAGCGAAGAAGGAGGAGGAAGAGAAGGAGGAGGAAGGAUUGCUGUGCAGAGGAGCAGCCCGAGAUUCGCCCGCCGCGCGAGGAGAGGGGAGGCCACGGCCCCUUUGAGCCCCCUCCUUCCCUUGCCGGCCGGGGCGGUGCUGCGUUUAGCUCCCGACACCCACCCCAGGGUGGUGGGGGUGGCUUGCGGAGCUCCCGCACAAAAGCCGCCGCCUCCCUGAGCUGCCUCUGGUACCCGGAGGGAGCCGGCCGCCCCGGGCUGGGGGGAGACCCUGGCGCUGUCCUCCUCCUGCUUCUCCCCCUCCUCCUCCUCCUCCUGCGCCCGCCCCCUCGGAAGGGUCCCCUGCCUGCCUCCCCGGGAGCCCGCAGAGGAGGAGCCGGAGCCGAGGCUGCCACCGCCACCGCCGCACAGGGAGGGCGGGGAGAAGACCAUGUGAAUGGGGCUCCGAGCCUCAGAUCUUUGAAGAAGCAGGAUGUUCAUCUAGACGUGGAAAAAGACCAGCGCUACAGCUGUGGUAGAAGAAAUGUGGUGUAUAUAAAAUUUGUGAUAGCUGGGAGAAAUUCUGGAAUUUAGAGAAUGGGCUGUGUCCAAUGUAAGGAUAAAGAAGCAGCAAAACUGACAGAGGAGAGGGAUGGCAGCUUAAACCAGAGCUCUGGCUAUCGCUAUGGGACAGACCCCACUCCCCAGCAUUACCCUAGUUUUGGCGUGACGUCCAUCCCCAACUACAACAACUUCCAUGCAGCCGGCGGCCAAGGGCUAACUGUCUUUGGUGGCGUCAAUUCUUCUUCUCACACCGGGACCUUGCGUACAAGAGGAGGAACAGGUGUAACCCUUUUUGUGGCCCUUUAUGACUAUGAAGCACGAACAGAAGAUGACCUGAGUUUUCAUAAAGGAGAAAAAUUUCAAAUACUUAACAGCUCUGAAGGAGACUGGUGGGAAGCCCGUUCCCUGACAACAGGAGAGACUGGUUACAUUCCCAGCAAUUAUGUGGCUCCAGUUGACUCCAUCCAGGCAGAAGAGUGGUACUUUGGAAAACUUGGCCGCAAAGAUGCAGAAAGACAACUCUUGUCCUUUGGAAAUCCUCGAGGUACCUUCCUUAUCCGAGAGAGUGAAACCACCAAAGGUGCCUAUUCACUUUCUAUCCGUGACUGGGAUGAUAUGAAAGGAGACCACGUCAAACAUUACAAGAUCCGAAAACUUGACAAUGGUGGCUACUAUAUUACAACAAGAGCUCAGUUUGAAACUCUUCAGCAGCUUGUCCAGCAUUACUCAGAGAGAGCUGCAGGCCUUUGCUGCCGCUUAGUAGUCCCCUGUCAUAAAGGAAUGCCGAGGCUUACUGAUCUGUCUGUCAAAACCAAAGAUGUCUGGGAAAUUCCACGUGAAUCCCUUCAGUUGAUCAAGAGACUGGGCAAUGGGCAGUUUGGGGAAGUAUGGAUGGGUACCUGGAAUGGGAACACAAAAGUGGCCAUCAAGACUCUUAAGCCUGGCACGAUGUCUCCAGAAUCCUUCCUUGAAGAAGCCCAGAUCAUGAAGAAACUGAAACACGAUAAACUGGUCCAGCUUUACGCCGUGGUAUCUGAAGAGCCAAUCUACAUUGUCACAGAGUACAUGAACAAAGGGAGUUUGCUGGAUUUCCUAAAAGACGGAGAAGGAAGAGCUCUGAAAUUGCCUAACCUGGUGGACAUGGCUGCACAGGUUGCCGCAGGUAUGGCUUAUAUCGAGCGGAUGAAUUAUAUCCAUAGAGAUCUGCGCUCUGCAAACAUUCUGGUGGGGAACGGGCUCAUCUGCAAGAUUGCUGAUUUCGGACUAGCCAGAUUGAUUGAAGACAAUGAGUACACAGCAAGACAAGGUGCAAAGUUCCCUAUCAAGUGGACAGCUCCAGAGGCAGCCCUCUAUGGAAGGUUCACUAUCAAGUCUGACGUGUGGUCCUUUGGAAUCUUACUCACAGAGCUGGUAACCAAAGGGAGAGUUCCCUAUCCAGGCAUGAAUAACCGUGAAGUCUUGGAGCAGGUGGAACGUGGGUACAGGAUGCCAUGCCCUCAGGACUGCCCUAUCUCCUUGCAUGAGCUUAUGAUUCACUGCUGGAAAAAAGACCCUGAGGAGCGCCCCACAUUUGAGUAUUUGCAGGGUUUCCUGGAAGACUACUUUACUGCAACAGAACCCCAAUACCAACCUGGUGAAAACCUGUAAGUCCCAUGCCAUGGCCCGUCUGCAGAAAGCACCAUCCAGGUGGUCACUCCCCUCCCUCUCAGCUUCCAAUUCAGUAGCUCGCUGCUCUUGGAGCAGUGCGGAAUCUUCCAGGACCAGAGUGCAUGUGAGUCUGAAGAACAACCACACCCCUCAUCGAUGACCACUUGUCCCCAAAUCUGAAUGUCCUCUGUGAAGAAUAAGAGACACAAACUUGUUAACUUCUCAAAAGACUUUUGAAAAUGCAUUGUAUCGAUGUUAUGUAAACGGCAAAACCUCUAUUCAGUGUAAAUAGUUACUCAGUGCCAAUAACUGACCCUAGUGCUUUCCUUUUUUAAAUGCAAAUCAUAUGUGAUUUUAACUCUGUCUUCACCUGAUUCAACUAAAAAAAAAAACAAAAAGUAUUAUUUUCCAGAAGUGGCCUCUUUGUCUAAAACAAUAAACUUUUUUUUCAUGUUUUAACUAAAGAAAAUCAGGACAGGUGUUUGUUUUUUGUUUUGGGGUUUUUUUUAUAAAUAUAAAUAUAUAUAUAAUAUAUACAUACCUGUACAUAGAGUAUGUGGGUACUACUGCAGAAAACUUGUUGCCAAACAGCGGGCCGCAUGGUUGCAGUACCCAGAGAGUGAUCAUUUUACUGCAAACAUUUAAAAAGGAAAAAAAAAAGGCAGCACUGGUAUUAUUCUGAAAACCAGUGGUCUAAUUUUUGGCUUUUGCCAAGCAUGAAUAUUUUUUAAUUGGAUUGCACUUUUUUGUUUGUUCGUUUCUGACUGUACCUGUAGAUGGUUGUAACUUUUGCUCCUUUCAGGAACCACGUGCUGGGUUUAUGGUCAUGUUCCCAAUGUUUGACAGCCACAUUUUACAGGAUUUGUUCUUCAAACAAGAGUGAACCUAUUGAAGCAAGAAAACACACCAUAUGACCAGCCGAAUUGGAUGAUAGAUACUACAGUACUCCUUGUAUAAAACUCUGUAUACUGAAAUAAUUCAGAAUUUUUUUUUAAUUUAAUAAACAUUGUAACCACAUUUAAUGGUCUAAAACCCAUAGCAUUUUAGUCAUGCCAACCUGCAAAACUGUUUAUCAUGCAGAUAGGAUUUUCUGGGGGAGAUUUGUGCACCAUUUCCCAUUGUAAAAUAUAUGUUUUAAAUGUCCUGUACUGCUAAUGAAAUUCCUUUCUCUAUGUCUGAGAGUUCUCCAGUGGAAUUACUAUGCACUUCUUUACGUUUCAUGGGGAUGCACAGAACAAAGUAUUAUGUUCUCUCGUUGUCUAUUUGUACCAGCCUUGAAUUACUUAUGUUUAACCAAAAAAUGAAAACAAGCAAAUGAAAAAAAAAAACAUAAAAACAAACAAACAAAAAAACAACCUCCUAUUUCUAUUGAGUUUUUAAUACUGAGUUGCAAAUUUUGGAGUCUUAAUUACCUUUUUGUUAUGAUUUCUUUGCAAGUUUACAUUUUUAAAUUGUUUAACUUUCUUAAUUUAGUAAUUAAAAAGAGAGCAUUUUACA